CACUAAUAUAAUGCAAUAUGUGGAGCGGCAAAGACUAGCUAGAAGGAAAGGAGUAAACAACGGCCCUUGAACAAAUUUGAGACCUCUAGUUUAUGUUUGUUGCAUGCAAAAUAUUGCCCAUCUCAAAUUCAAAACGUCAUUGUACACAAUACUAAAAGCCUUCUUUCAUUUCUAUCUUCUUUCACCACCAUUUUUUUUUUCUCAAUUCAGAAGCCAUGGCAUUACCACUUCUUUCAAUUUUCCUCUUCUCAUCUUUAGCCUUAUUUUCUCUAACAGAAUCCAAGCUCAAUGUUGACUACUACAAUAAAUCUUGUCCUCAAUUUGAAAAAAUCAUCCAGCAAAUUGUCGUCGACAAGCAACUUGCCGCGCCCACGACAGCAGCCGGCACCCUCCGCCUCUUCUUCCACGACUGCAUGGUGGGAGGAUGUGACGCCUCGUUACUUAUUUCCUCAAACUCCUUUGCCACGGCGGAACGCGACUCAGAUAUAAACCUCUCUCUGCCCGGGGACGCCUUUGACCUUAUUGCACGAGCAAAGACUGCCCUAGAACUCCAAUGCCCCGGCAUUGUUUCUUGUGCUGAUAUUUUAGCCGUUGCAACUCGAGACUUAAUCACCAUGGUUGGAGGUCCAUUUUAUAACAUUCGUCUCGGCCGAAAAGAUAGCUUUGAAUCAUACGCAAAAGAUGUUGAAGGCCAUAUUGCUAGGCCUAACAUGACAAUGGACACAAUAAUCAACAUGUUUGCAUCGAAAAAUCUAAACAUACAAGAAAUGGUGGCUUUAGUGGGUGCACAUACUAUUGGUUUCUCACAUUGUUCAGAGUUUAGCAAGAGAAUUUUCAAAUAUAGCAACACUUCAGAAAUUGAUCCUUCUAUGAAUCCUACAUUGGCACAAGCGUUACGAAAGCUAUGUGGGAAUAACUCGAAAGAUAUGGCGGCCUUCAAUGACGUGAUGACACCUGGCAAGUUCGACAACAUGUACUACAUAAACUUGCAAAAAGGUCUAGGGUUAUUGGCUUCAGAUCAAGCUAUGGUUUCAGAUCCUAGGACUAAGCCUUUUGUGGAGCUUUAUGCAAAGGAUCAAGAU